AUGAGCAGUGAGCACUUUCAGGUGAUCAGUUGCAACCAGAAGAAUGUCUGUACACUCGAAAUCACUGACACCACGGGAAGUCACCAGUUUCCGGCUAUGCAGCGAUUGUCGAUUUCCAAGGGACAUGCUUUCAUUCUUAUCUACUCAGUCACUAGUAAGCAGUCGCUAGAAGAGCUGGCUCCAAUUGUGACAACGUUGAUGGAAGUAAAGGGAAACAGCUUGACAGAAGUGCCAAUCAUGUUGGUCGGCAACAAAAGUGACGACCAAGAACGACGAGAAGUUGCCCGAGAGACAGGGGCGAAAUUGGCUGCCAAAUGGGGAACAGGAUUUAUCGAGACAAGUGCCAAAAACAACAACAACAUUACCGAGCUCUUUCAACAAUUAUUGGCUCUCGAGAAGAAACGUUCCUUGGCGUUGACAAUGGAAGACCCUGACGGCAAAGGUCCAAAAAGAAAGGCUUGCACAAUUAUGUAA